GAAUUCAGAUCACGUGACGGCUGUUGAACCAGGAAGGAACACGGUGAUAGCAAAACAAGUCAGGACUGCCUUGUUGAGGAGCUACAAACACCCUUUUUGUCAUCCCGAGACAUCGUAUUCGCUUUGACAUGGAUGAAACACUCUUCCAGUUAAAGUUCACUUCCAAGCAGCUUGAGAGGCUGGCCAAGAAGGCAGAGAAAGAGUCUGAAAAGGAGCAGGCCAAGGUCAAGAAGGCUUUGCAACAGAAAAAUGUGGACGUUGCCAGAGUUUAUGCGGAGAACGCCAUCAGGAAAAAGAACGAAGGCCUUAACUGGCUGCGCAUGGCGUCACGAGUCGACGCCGUGGCCUCCAAAGUCCAGACUGCUGUCACCAUGAAGGGGGUGACCAAAAGCAUGGGUCAGGUCACCAAGGCCCUGGACAAAGCUCUGAGCUCCAUGGAUCUCCAGAAGGUCUCUGCAGUCAUGGACAAGUUUGAAAGCCAAGUCCAGAACCUGGAUGUCCACACCUCAGUCAUGGAGGACUCCAUGAGCUCAGCAAUGACGCUGACCACGCCUCAGGAGCAGGUGGAUGACCUGAUCCACCAAAUAGCAGAACAGAACGGCCUGGAGGUGAUGGACCAGCUCAACCAGCUGCCUGCCGGGGCUACCUCAGUGGGCGCAGAGAGCUCACGGAGCCAGGAGAAGGAGGACCAGCUGUCUCGACGGCUGGCUUCUCUAAGGAACUAAAAGCUGCUGCAGGAGAGGCGACGGGGCUGCGGGGAAGAGAUGGCGACAACGGGAGCUGUGUGUGUGUGUUUCUAUUAAACUGUUCCUACUGGGAGGAUUUAAUGAGCCUAUUGAUUUACCGCCUAUCCCCCCCUCGUCUGCUCUGUAAAUAAAUACACAAACACACAGCAGAAGAAACAGCACCUGAGAAGGCACGAGCGACUCUGGUUCACCUUCCCGUUUCGAUCCAUCUUCCUCUGCCGUUCCCCGUUGGAUCUCGUUACACUUUCACCUUUUCCCUUCUCUUUCAUCCCUUCUCUCAAAUCACAGGCCUUUGGGUGGAAGAUUUAUACAGAAACAAACAGCUUUUACACAAUGAUGAGUUUUAAUAAGCAGUUGUAUUGAUUAUGGGGGAGUUGGGUGGGGGUCCAAAUUCUGUUGACGUGAUAGGAACAGAAAUAUCUGUUGAAAAUAGACUUUGGAAACACUAAUGAGCUGAAUUCGCCUUCCUUAAAUUCAUCCCGUCUUUAUGAUUUUGUGGAACACUGUACACAGCAAAGGACAAUCCUUAUGUUUCAGGGUCAUAUUUUCCUCCAUUUUUAUUCGGGAUUUAUUUUGGAUUCUUUCUCAUGCCUGCAUUCAGACUUUUUUGCUUUGAACGCCUUAUUUGGGAUGCAGAUGCUUGCAUAGGUGCUUCCCCGCCAGUGCCUGAAGGGGACGAUCUGUACUUUAGAAAGCGAGAGAGGAAUUUUCCGUUACUCUUCCUGCCGGAUGAGCCCGAGACGCUUUCGUCCUGAUCCGGCCGACUUCUACGCUGUCCGUCAUGAGCGGGAGCUCAGGUUUACAUUUAUAAUCUCUGUCUCUGUAGCCUGAUCUCCUUUGUGGUUUUGAAGGCUGGGCGUUUGAUUUUAGUCACAUUGAGAUAUUUUCGCACGCCUGUGCGUCUCAAAAUAACACAGUCAUCCCCCAUCUGUUGCCGUUCCACCCUGAACGGCUUUAGGAUAGAGGUCACAUCAGAGCAGGGAUGUGCUGGACUCUAAUUUGCCUUGCAAACCAAACAUUUGCUUUUUGGUGAUGCAGGAAGUGAACCGGAGGAGGAUUUAGAUUAGGAGCAGUUUAAAAUGUACAGCAGCAUCAGAAUGUGUCAAGAUAUCAGGAAACGACUUCUUAUUUUUUUUUUUUUUUUGCUUUUGAAUGCUCGUAGCUCAGUGUUGAGUUGUCAAGUGCUUUGAUUUGGUUUGGUGUUUCCUUGUUUGAGUGUAGACAUCAUGCGGGCAGGCUGGAAGAAGCCAGACCUCCACCUAUAACAGAGCAGCUUCACCCUCUGGAUAAUGUUUUCAGUUUCUUCUUCAUUUUAACAGGAGGGUUUAUUUAUACUCUGGUUCCACAGACUCUGCAGCACUUUUGUUUUGUAUAUUUAUCUUGUGAAAAUAAAGUCGUACCCUCUUA